GAAAGGGAACAGUGGAGAGCAAACAAACACAGACAGACAGAGAGAGAGAAAGAGAACCAAACCAAAUAAAGCUCUUGGUUGGUUCACCCUUGUGCUUAUUUUUUGUUGCUGAGAAAGAGCAAAGAAGAAGAAUAAGAAGAAGGUUUUGAUCGGAUGCGAUGAGCACACAAGGACAAGUGAUUGAUGAGGCGGUUCUGGAUGACAUAAUCCGGCGCCUAACGGAGGUCCGAUUGGCCCGACCCGGAAAGCAGGUUCAGCUCUCCGAGUCUGAGAUCAAGCAACUUUGCGUCGCUUCCAGAGACAUCUUCAUUAACCAGCCCAAUUUGCUUGAACUCGAAGCCCCCAUCAAGAUUUGUGGUGACAUUCAUGGGCAGUACAGUGAUUUGUUAAGGCUAUUUGAAUAUGGGGGUUUGCCUCCUACUGCCAAUUAUCUCUUUUUGGGGGACUAUGUGGACCGUGGGAAGCAGAGCUUAGAAACCAUAUGUCUUUUGCUUGCGUAUAAAAUCAAAUAUCCAGAAAACUUUUUCCUGUUGAGGGGGAAUCAUGAGUGUGCUUCCAUUAAUAGGAUUUAUGGGUUUUAUGAUGAAUGUAAGCGAAGGUUUAAUGUGAGGCUUUGGAAAGCCUUUACCGACUGUUUUAACUGCCUUCCUGUGGCAGCCCUUAUAGAUGAAAAAAUAUUGUGCAUGCAUGGUGGUCUUUCCCCUGAACUCACAAACUUGGAUGAAAUCAGGAAUCUACCUCGUCCUACUGCAAUUCCCGACACUGGCUUGCUUUGUGAUUUGCUUUGGUCUGAUCCUGGUAGGGAUGUGAAGGGUUGGGGUAUGAAUGACAGAGGAGUGUCCUACACCUUUGGCCCUGAUAUGGUCGCUGAAUUCUUGACAAAGCAUGACUUGGACCUUGUUUGUCGUGCUCACCAGGUUGUAGAGGAUGGGUAUGAAUUCUUUGCUGAUAGGAAACUUGUUACGAUAUUUUCAGCUCCAAACUAUUGUGGUGAAUUUGACAAUGCUGGUGCGAUGAUGAGUGUGGAUGAAAACUUGAUGUGCUCAUUUCAGAUUCUUAAGCCUGCAGAGAAAAAAUCAAAGUUUGUGAUGUCAAACAAGAUGUGAUGGUUGGGACAUCACUGUCAAGUAAUUAACCAAGAUGUAUUCGUGGGGUUAAAUUAAAUCCUGAAGAUUUAGAUUGAAUGGUCUUAAGUUCCAUCUAUUCUAGGUGAUGAUGAUGAAGAGGCAAGUUUACUGCUAUAACAUCCAGUCAGGCAGAGAGCAUGAGGGACUACAAGAGAUAUUAAGCACUAUUGGAUGGCCAUAAAAGCAAAGGCUUUUAUCUUUUUAUUUUUAUUUUUUUCCUUGUUUCAUAAUUAUUCUGCAACACAAUAUGUACAUAUAUGUGUUGUAGAUGCUGUGGAAAUGACCUUAUUUGCUCUGAAAGGUCCUCUUAGACUAUCGAUUUACACUGAUAGAGCAGUUUGUGAUUGUGGCCAAUUUUAUUCAGUUAGUAAAGGUGCAAUUGCUGGAUUUUAUGGUUUGAUAUUGGUCUGUUUUUGUACUGUUUGAUCAAAGAUCACAUGCCACUCGUUAGAAUGAUUGGAUUUUAUGGUUUGA